AUGUCGGACCAGAAUGUCCUGGAGUCCGUUGAAUGUCUGCAUGGUGAUCUUGAGUUGAAAAUCAUCGAAGCUCGAGGCUUGCCGACCAUGGAUUUACUGUCGGACCGUCUUCGACGAUGCUUUACGUCAUUCGACCCUUUUAGUAAACGAAAGAAGAAUAUUCACCCCCGGAAGAUAGUCACCAGCGACCCUUACGUAACGGCUUGCCUAGCCGGUGCCACGGUGGCACGUACGCGCGUGAUUUCGAACUCUCAACAUCCCGUUUGGAACGAGCGAUUCAAAAUCCCCCUGGCUCACCCAGCUAACCAGUUCGAGUUUUACAUCAAGGAUAACGUCGUGUUCGGCGCUGAUUUGAUAGGAGUGACCACCGUGCCCGCAGCUGAUAUCCUCCCCGGCGAAAUGAUUAGCGGUUGGUUUCCUAUAAUAAGCUCUUACGGGAGACCGCCAAAAUCCGACUGCGCCCUUCACCUGGAAUUGAAAUUCACCAAAUGCGAGGAAAUGCCACUUUUCAAAUAUGGAAACGCGGCAAACCCGAACGAAUACGGGAUCGCAAACUGUUAUUUCCCCGCCCGGCACGGAGGUUCAAUUACUUUGUACCAAGACGCGCACGUUAUGCCAUCAAUGUUGCCGGAGAUUGAGCUGGAGAACGGGACCGUUUUCAAGCACGAACCGUGUUGGGAAGACAUUUGCCAUGCAAUUUUAGAAGCGCAUCACAUGGUUUACAUCACGGGAUGGUCCGUUUUUCACGAGGUGAAGCUUGUAAGAGAGCAGAUGAGGCCGUUGCCUAAAGGUGGGGAUUUGAGACUGGGGGAUUUGCUUAAAUACAAAUCGGAAGAAGGGGUUAAAGUUCUGGUGUUGGUUUGGGACGACAAGACUUCCCAUAGCAAGUUCUUCAUCAACACCGCGGGAGUGAUGCAAACACAUGAUGAAGAAACACGGAGGUUCUUCAAGCACUCUUCUGUUACAUGUGUGCUGUCCCCUCGAUAUGCCAGCAGUAAGCUUAGCAUUUUCAAGCAACAGGUUGUUGGAACCUUCUUUACACACCAUCAGAAAUGUGUAAUCGUGGAUUCAUUGGCAUCUGGAAAUAAUCGAAAGAUCACUGCUUUUUUAGGAGGUCUGGACCUGUGUGAUGGGCGUUAUGAUACACCCGAACAUCGACUGUUUCGGGGCCUUAAUACGGUGUUCAGAGAGGAUUUUCACAACCCCACAUUUUCUGCAGGAAUUAAAUGCCCAAGAGAACCAUGGCAUGAUUUACAUUGUAAGGUUGAAGGACCUGCUGCUUAUGAUGUCCUUAAGAACUUUGAGCAGCGUUGGAGGAAAGCUAAAAAAUGGGCUGAGAUCGGACGACGAUUGAAAAGGGGUAGCAAGAAUGAAGAUUCUUUAUUGAAGUUGGAUCGAAUUUCUUGGAUACUAAGUCCUUCUGAGGGAAUCUCACAGGACGAUCCUUCAUUGUGGGUUUGCAGUGAAGGAGAUCCGGAGAAUUGGAACGUCCAGGUUUUCCGGUCUAUAGAUUCAGGAUCUGUGAAAGGGUUCCCUAAGGAUGUUUAUCAAGCAGAUGCUGAGAAUCUUGUUUGUGCAAAAAAUCUGGUUAUAGACAAGAGCAUUCAAACAGCAUACAUCCAGGCAAUUCGAUCCGCUCAACACUUCAUAUACAUUGAGAACCAGUAUUUCAUUGGAUCAUCAUACGCUUGGCCGGCUUACAAAGCAGGUGCUGAUAAUUUGAUUCCCAUGGAAUUGGCAUUGAAGAUUGCUAGUAAGAUAAGGGCAAAAGAGAGAUUUGCAGUUUAUGUUGUGGUGCCAAUGUGGCCUGAGGGUGUCCCUACUUCAACAUCUGUGCAAGAAAUUCUCUUUUGGCAGGGUCAGACAUUUAAAAUGAUGUAUGGAAUCGUAGGAAAAGAGUUGAAAUCUAUGGAAAUGGAGGAUUCUCAUCCACAAGACUACCUAAACUUCUACUGCCUCGGUAAUCGAGAAGAACUUCCCUCGGACUACUCUUGGUCACGUUCAUGCUUGUUAUCGCCUACUGGUGACACGAUUUCAACUUCACUACGGUUCCAACGGUUUAUGAUUUAUGUACACGCAAAGGGAAUGAUAGUAGAUGACGAGUAUGUGAUAUUGGGGUCUGCCAAUAUCAAUCAACGAUCGAUGGCUGGUUCGAGAGACACCGAGAUAGCAAUAGGUGCAUGUCAACCCCGUUACACAUGGAAAGAGAGUAAGAAACAUCCGCGUGGUCAGGUUUAUGGGUACAGAAUGUCACUGUGGGCUGAACACAUGCACAUGAUGAAGGAUUUGUUUGAGGAACCUGAAAGUUUGGAGUGUGUGAAGACUGUGAACAGCAUUGCUGAAGAAAACUGGGAAAGGUACUCGGGCAACGAGUUUAAGCAUUUACAGGGGCACCUGCUGAAAUACCCCAUUUCGGUAACUAGAAGUGGUAAAGUAGGUGGUUUGCCCGGACACGAGAACUUUCCGGAUGUUGGUGGCAAGGUCCUUGGAUGUCGAUCGACACUUCCUGAUGCUCUAACUACGUAGAAUUCCACAUUUUUGGUACGAGUACCGAAACCGGCAUCGAAGAAGUGGGAGACAAGGGUGGGGCAACUCAACUACUUCGUACAAAAUAUGGUGCAGACUACGCUAGGCAUCCUCGUGUUAACAUACCGACUGACCUGUCUCAUGGUUAUUAAACAGUAAAUCUGUACUAUUUCGCUUAAAUAUUAGCAAUUCUAACACCUUUAGCUUUAGGCCAAAGUUUUCAUUGAGGAAGAGGGCUGCCCCGUUUAUACAGCCAUCAACAAAUUGAGAAAAGAGACAGUAAGCCAACUAUCUCUGAUCCAAUGGCACACACUGUUCCUUUGUCCUUUCUUUUUGGGACAACUUGUUAGCUUCGAGAAUAUUGAGAUUGUUUGUUUCCCAGGAAAAUUGAAGUGGGAAAACAAUUUAAAUCAUCUUACAACCAAAUGUACACGAAUUCAAAGUGAAUGAAAGAGAUAUUAAGA